AUGACAGUCAGCACUAUCAAUGAUCGCCCUCAAAAAAAGUCUACCUCGGUAGCAACAAAUUUAAUUGCUGGCGGUGCUGCUGGUAUGGUGGAAGCACUCGUAUGCCACCCUCUUGACACCAUAAAAGUGCGCAUGCAACUUUCUCGUCGAUCUCGCGCUUCUCACGUAAAUAAAAGCGGCUUUAUCAACACCGGCGUUGAAAUUAUAAAGCGAGAAACAGCACUCGGACUCUAUAAAGGUCUAGGAGCUGUAGUAACUGGUAUUGUACCCAAGAUGGCAAUACGAUUCACGAGUUUUGAGGCUUGUACUCUACGGCUCAGAGAUAAAAAUACUAGUAUUACCUCUGGGCGGGCAAUAUUUUUCGCUGGUCUAUUGGCUGGUGUAACUGAAGCAGUGGCCAUUGUAACGCCAAUGGAAGUCUUGAAAAUUCGAUUGCAGGCUCAGAACCAUAGUAUGGCCGAUCCACUUGACGUUCCAAAGUACCGCAACGCUGCUCAUGCGCUGUAUAAGGUAGUUAAAGAAGAAGGGUUCUUUAGUCUUUAUCGUGGUGUGACCCUGACUGCAAUACGCCAAGGCUCCAAUCAAGCUGUCAAUUUUACAGCUUAUAGUUACUUAAAGGCUCUUUUACAAGUUCACCAAAAUAAUUCUAUGCCAGGCUCUCUUCAUUCAACUAACAACAAUACUCUUCCAUCUUACCAAACGACACUUAUUGGAUUUAUUUCUGGCGCCCUCGGUCCCCUCUCUAAUGCACCAAUUGAUACAAUUAAAACACGCCUCCAGAAGAGUCCAGCAGAAGCAGGUCAGAGUGCCUUGUACCAUAUCAGAUCUAUUGCAGGCGAGAUGUGGCUAAGUGAAGGCUUUCGUUCAUUCUACAAGGGGAUAACGCCAAGAAUCAUGCGUGUAGCACCAGGUCAAGCAGUGACUUUUACCGUCUAUGAAACUCUAAAACAGUGGUUGGAGGGAAAGGAGACUGCCAUUGUAGUUGGAAAGUACGAGGAGUAG